AUGGCUAUGGAAAUCGUGGGAGCAGUCGUUGGAGUCAGUGGCGUCAUGCUCAGCGCUGUGGACGUCUUCAAGAGUUUGAACACGAAUAUCGCGGUGUUCAAGUCAUACCGCGAUGAUUUCGAGAAGAUCGAUCUCGAGAUCAACCGUCUGGAGAAGCAGGUCUCGGACCUCACGUCCACCCUAUGCAGCCCGAAAAGUGAAGCUAUCGCCAACUUGAAGAAGUCUACGGCGGCGCUGCUAGCUGGAAUGUCGAUCUUGUCGGGAUCAGCCACCCUGGACCUAUUCAUCUCAGAGAUUGGCCUGUGUGUUGGAGAGCAUCUUUGGGCAAAGCAGGACAAGCAAGGUCAGUGA